AUGGUCGGUUCCAAAACAGUUCUGCACAUCGUCGAGAUCCUAGGAGUCUUCUUCUGCGCCCAUCAUCUAUGGCCAAAGGGAGUGACGUAUGGCAAGCAAGAAGAUUGGGAGAGGUCUUACCGUAAGCGACAUGCGCACGGGUUUUCUCGUUCGAAGAACAGUCGGACAAACAGUGGAAGUUCGAGCAACGAAAGUGCUAGACAUGGAGGUCGAAGCGAGAGGCGGCAUCAGCAUGAGCACGAGUUCGAGAGACCACGGCAUGACGGUUACGAAUACGAUGAUAGACCUCGACAUGCUAGAAAGGCGAAUUCGAGAUACUGA